AUGCAUUACCAAUGCCAAAGCUGCUGCAUGUGCUUCGCCGUCAGAGAGGACUGUGAAAAACACAUGGACUUAAAAGACCACAGAACUCCCUCUGCCCCCGGAUUUCUUCAGGGCCAGGCACACGAUGGGAACUCGAACGAGCAACUCCAGAGGUCUCUCUCAUAUGCCACGACGGGCACCCAACUCACUCGUGCUCUGAAUGCUUACUAUAAGCAUACUAGCAUACGAUACAACCUGGAAACAGGACUCAACGAAAGUGUCCACAGCUACCAUUCCAUCGAUGUGAUUCUGGACACAACCAGCAACCGGGCCAAAAACUAUGGAUGCGCGGUGUGCGAGCGUCAGUUCAGCUCCCUGCUAGCUGUCAACCAGCACAUGGACGUGAAGAGCCACUGGCCGGAGCAGUCACAACGUCCGCACCGCGCUCCACCUGGCUCUCGACCCAUGGGCAUUGCGGGCCCAGAACAGUUGUGGCCUGAAGAGCCGUUGCCUGCUUUACCCAACAUGCAACAUGGUUCUAUCGACGUGAAGGAACAAUAUAACCCAGAAACAGGUAGAUACAUCUAUCAAUCCGUGAGAAUUAGCAACAUGAGAAUUAACAUAACAGGCGUUCACUUCACGGGAGGGUUUCCGUGCGAGACGUGUGAUCGUCUGUUCAGCACCCAGCAAGGUGCUAACCAGCACAUGGAUGCUAAGGAACACUGGCCCCAGCCCCAAGAUCAGCAACGCACUCACACAAACACCAGCACCAGCACCGGACCAAACACGAGCAUACGACCUCACACACGCGCAGGCAUCAGACCCCGGAGAUAUGCAAGACCAGUAGCAGCAAUCAUAUCCUUCAAAUGCGACACUUGCGAGCGUGUUUUCAACACCGAGGACGGAGUUGUCCAGCACAUGGCUGUCAAGGCUCACUGGCGUAUCUUUGGAUGCGACCUCUGCUGUCUUGAGUUUCGGACUCGGGGCCAGCUCGAGCGACACACUGCCACCCAUGACUCUUCGGAGCCAGAAAUAAAGCGUGAACCAGAUGUCCCUUUCGAGACAGAUAUCCCUUGUGAGAUAUGCCAUCUGGUAUUCCCCACUGCAAAUGCUGCAGAUAAGCACAUGGCCGAGGUGCAUUUUUGCAAGGAGUGCGGUGGGUUGGUCACAGAUACGAACACGCACAUGGAAUGUUCGAUGCUGUAUGUUGAGGCUUUUUUGCGAGCUCAGUAUACCUAA